AUUUCAUCUGACACAUCCAUUGUUGGUUAUGUUAUUUUGUUGUUUAUGUUAUUUGAGACCGCCACUUGACUUAAUUUCGUUAGAUUUAGUUAGUUUAGUUACAUGAUUUUCUUCGAUCUGAUCAAUAAAAUAUGAGCGGAAAGCAGCAAAAGUGGUUUACAUCAAUAUUUGGCAACGAAAAUGAAGAACCAACGCAGCCGGCUCAGAAACGUCAACGCCUCAACAGGACUGCUUCACAAAAUUCAUUGAAAAGCAACGAACGGAAAAGCCCAUCCAGUACGUUUGUCGACAAUUCACCGACUACUCACAGCAAUUUCUCGUCGUCAAAUUGGACUGAAAAAUUUGCACCCCAGUCAAUCGACGAUCUGGCCGUUCACAGCAAAAAGAUUGACGAAAUUCGCGAUUGGAUUAGGAAAUGGGAAGCGGAUAAUGCAAGCGGAAGUGUGUUGUUGUUGACGGGUCCGUCAGGCAGCGGCAAAACUGCAACGAUCCGUUUGCUUGCCAAGGAAUUCGAUUUCGACAUCUCCGAAUGGAUUGUUCCGCUUGACGUUGAUUUGAAUCGUAACAACAAAGACGACAAUGACAUGGGAGUCACGUACACCGAAACGCAAUACGACAAAUUUUCGAACUUUUUGUACCGAUCGUCCAGAUAUGUGUCUGUGUUUGCCAGUCAACGUAAACGGUUACUGUUGGUCGAGGAUUUCCCAAACAUUUUCCUCAAGGAUCCGGAGAAGUUUAACGAACUGCUGGGAAAUUACGCGAUGUACGGUAAGUCACCUCUAGUAUUUAUAGUCACCGACACCAAGACCAAAAAGCUGGACAUAAGCUACAAUUUAUUCGGAGACGCCGUCCUUGAAUCCAACAAAAUAACCAAAAUUAGUUUUAAUGCCGCAUCCACUGGCCUUCUGAAAAAGUGCCUGAAGCGAGUAAUGUCGAUCAUGUCUACGACUGGUCUCUCAUCGGUGCACAAGCAACCGUCCAAUGAGCUGGUCGAGAGCAUAAUUUUUACAUCGAACGGAGACAUACGGAACGCGGUAAUCAAUCUUCAUUUCGCUACGCAAAAAAAUAGUGGUUCGUUGGACGUCAAGGCUGUGCACACAACGUCCAAAACUAAAGGGACCAAGAAAAACAAUAAAUUUCGAUCGCUUGGCUGCGAUGAUUCCAUUUCGUUUAUCCACGCUCUGGGUAGAGUGUUGAAUCCGAAAUACAUGGAUCCACCUCCACCCAGUGGCCUGAAGACACUGCAACAUUCGCCGGAACAACUAGCUACCGACUUUUUGUCUCAGCCGUCGAAGUUCAUUUCACUGCUGCACACAAAUUACGUUUGCCAUUUCCGAGACAUUGACGAUGUUUUGUCAGCUGCUGAUUUGAUGAGCCAAUCGGACAUCUAUUUGAACGAAUGGAGGGACGAAUCGAUGUCAGAGAUUGGUCUUGCAUUAGCUUGUCGUGGUGUGAUGGUUAGUAAUGAAAAUCCGGCAUCGGGCUGGAUUCCCGUUAAAGGACAGAAGAAGUUCAAUGAAAGAAAAACGACUCAUCUUGAUCAGAUGACCAAAUUUGGGAUGUCUACAUCCAGUGUGUCGUCAAAUGUUUGGGCAUCCGAUUGUCAAACUUUUGUUAGUAUUAUUAAGAAAAGAGAUUUGUGAGUAUGUGUAUUGAGAACGUCAAGAACGAAGUUCAAUCUGAAUGAAAGAAUUAAAAGAAGCAAACGUUUAAA